AUGACCGUUGACACAAUUCCUACACUACACAUCUGGCCGGCACAAUGGGGCCUGCCGUCUCUGGACGCAGAGUGCCUGGCAACUUUGAUGCAUCUGCAACUAGCUAUUCCUGGCCGUUUCGCUGUGGUCGAGUGUACAGACCCUGACCAGUCUCCGACCGGACACCUUCCGUAUUUGACACACGCAUUGCAUACGGUCGGCUCGUACGCGUCGAUUGCGAAAUACGUCUCCGCAUUGAAUCCGGCAACUUUGCCGGCAGCUGGCCAGGAAGCUGUCCCGGAAGUGUUCUCUGCCGACCUCGACCACAUGUUGAGCGCGUCCGAACGUGCGGUCAAGACUGCAUGGGCAGCGCACACCCAUUACGUCCUUGGUGAUCUGCUGGCCCACGUUCUGUACUCUUUACCCGAGAACUACAGCACCCUGGUUUAUCCUACUCUGGCAUCUCUGUAUCCCGUCCCUCAACGGUACUACGUACCUCACCGCAUUCGCGACCUGCAUGCGCCUCGCCUGGACGCAAGUGGGCUUUGGAACCUCGCCGGCGAAGAGAUCGAGGAUGUAGAAGCCGAGGAAGAGGCAGCUCAGUCAAAGUUCCCUCGCGACGGCAAGCCGCGUUCGACACCGGCGCCACCUCCGCUUGACAAGGUCAAAAUCUGGAAGAGCGCCUUCUUCCGCGAGCGCGUACUCGAACGAGCACGUGGCGCGCUCGAACCCUAUGCGCGUCUAUUGCAUGACAAGCAUUUCUUCUUCUAUGACCGCCCGACGUCCUUAGAUGUUCUGUUAGCGUCUCAUAUCCUGCUGCUCACGUCACCGCCAUUCCCCGACCCACUGCUUGGAGACCUCAUUCGCGACGCAUUCCCCUCACUGCUCGCACACGCGCAGGCAGUACUCUCAGAAGCCCUACCUUCACGGCCGUUCUCUGCAAACUACGUGACAGCGCCUCAGCAGUCCACCGCGCUCAGCACUUUGUUGCCGCCUUUCAGCGCGCUGUGGAAACACCCUACGCCGAAGGAAAAGGCGAGCACGGCCGAAGACGUCAAGUUCCAGCGAGGGCGAUUGCUUUGGUUCGGGGUCGCUGCACUUGGCACAAUUGGAUAUAUGCUGUUCGCCCCCACUACGUUCCAGUUUGUGUUCGUCAAACCUGACGAGGUCGAAGCAGAAGGCGCCGAUGACGAAGAAGACGAAGAGGAGGAAGAGGGAGAGAGCGAGUAA